AUGCAAGGCGCUUCAUAUCUGAUUUCACCAACUGGGACUGGAAACGAGAUCAAUACCUACGGUAUACUAAAGGCUGGACGAGCUGCUGGAGCUGAGAUACUCAGUGAGAUCGCGUCAGAUUUUCGCGGACUGUCGUUCGCAACAGGAGGACAACAUAACCUAAGCACACAAGCAACAUUAUCAAACAUAUUUGGACACUUCUCACCUGGCCUCAAAGGAGCCAGUAUAGGGACUGCAAAGAGUGACGAAGCCCUUGUUGCCGGCUUCAAUCUGGCCGAUUCGGGAGCUUUCGCCACUGACUUACCGAGGCAGACGCUGUACGGUGCAGAACAAUACGCGACGAAUAUUCAGAAGGCAAUUCGAUACCUGAAGGAAAAUCUUCCAAGAACAUACGUCAACAUAGUGCCUCCUUUUUCAUGUAGAGUUCGGAACGAUUUCCAGGCAGUAGAGCUGGUGAGCAGGAUCAAGGCUUAUCCAGGGAUAGAUUUGGACAAGGAAUGGAAGCUGAUAAAUAUUUUCAUCGGCUCGAAUGACUUGUGUAAAGCCUGUCUCAAUAAGACUCUGUACGGUGCAGAACAAUACGCGACGAAUAUUCAGAAGGCAAUUCGAUACCUGAAGGAAAAUCUUCCAAGAACAUACGUCAACAUAGUGCCUCCUUUUCAUGUAGAGGUACUACUCGAAACUCAGCCUGACAAUCCAUUCUGUGUCAAUCUUCAAAGGUAUAUUUACAUAUUUGGACACUUCUCACCUGGCCUCAAAGGAGCCAGUAUAGGGACUGCAAAGAGUGACGAAGCCCUUGUUGCCGGCUUCAAUCUGGCCGAUUCGGGAGCUUUCGCCACUGACUUACCGAGGCAGGCAGAAGAGCUGGUGAGUAGGAUCAAAGCUUAUCCAGGGACAGAUUUGGACAAGGAAUGGAAGCUGAUAAAUAUUUUUAUCGGCUCGAAUGACUUGUGUAAAGCCUGUCUCAAUAAGACGCUGUACGGUGCAGAACAAUACGCGACGAAUAUUCAGAAGGCAAUUCGAUACCUGAAGGAAAAUCUUCCAAGAACAUACGUCAACAUAGUGCCUCCUUUUCAUGUAGAGGUACUACUCGAAACUCAGCCUGACAAUCCAUUCUGUGUCAAUCUUCAAAGGGUGUCUUGCCAUUGCCUAUUCGAAAUACCCAAGCAGAACUUCAAGGAACUAAAACGUUCCUUUGACGAUACUCUCAAUGCCUUCAACACAUCGGAAUUUCAAACAAACAGUUUUGCUGUGGCAAUCUCGUCAGGAGUGAAUGUGGAUAACCUCGCAACACUAGGGGUGAGCACUGUAAAAUAA